AUAGUCAGCAGCUGUUUGCCUUGUUCCCAUUAAAUCACUUUGCACCCCAAACAGGGGAAAACAAAAACCCAGUAACUACCCAACAAACAGCACGUGCAGUGCCUGGUUAAGGACGCACUGCACCCGGCGAAAAGUACAAAGGGCAACACGAAUGUGCAACCGCCUAAUAGCGACGUAAAAUGAAUGCAUUGCGCAACAUCUUCGCAUCGCGAACGCUACACAACUUGCGCCAGAAUGGACUAAACGCGAUCCUCAAUAACACCCAACAGCAGCAGGCUGUGGACGCUCUACCAAUAACCAAUGAACCUGACCUGCAACAGUUAAAGGCAUCGCGCCCUGCGCCACUCUCAAUACCGCGCUCCAUACUUGAUGCCUGCCAUUUUACGGCCAAGCCGUUCGAUUUGGGACGCACUGCCUCCGGAAACCAGUCCAGUGGCUCCCUAUCACCAACCACACUUAAGCGCUUCAGUCGCAUGCAGCGCCGCAUGGAGCUGGUGUACCGCUGCAAGCUGUGCAACACCCGCAACACGAAGACCAUCAGCGAGGAGGCCUACUACAGUGGCGUGGUGAUUCUCCAGUGCGACGGCUGUGCCGUCGAUCAUCUGAUCAAGGACAAUCUGGGACUAUUCACCAGCAGCGAUGGCGAUAGCAGCAUCAGUUCCGGCAUCAGUACCAGCAAAAACAUCGACCAGGUUCUGGCCGAUCGACAUGCCCGCGUCCGGAUCAUCAAGGUGAACGAGCACGGCGAGCUAAUUUAGAAGCGCACUCUAGUCAAAACGAGGCAUCAGCACAGGAGAACCUCCUGGUGCCCGUCGUCAACCUGCGAAUCGUGUCCGAGGUGGACACACUCGGCCAUGGUGGCACAUUGAACCCAGCACCCAGAGUACCCAAUUACAAAACCGGAAUCCCUCAUUUUCAGCCGGUUGUAUAUAAUAAUUGUACUGUAAUUGUUGAUUGUUGCGGGCCGUGAGUAAUGCCUAAAAAGUGAUUAAAAGAACGCCCAGUUCAAAAGCUGAACCACAUAAAACUGCUAUGACAAAAUCUGUUGUUCCUUUCUGGGAAGUCUUAUCGGAGUGCACAGAAAGAAAAAUCAACGCGAUAGAGGAUGUGUGUUCGGUGAAUUAUGUUUAUGUUUGAAAUUGUAAAUCGAAUGUUGCCAUCUUAUGUGAACAAAUACAGAAGUCUUCUUCAUUUAAUGUU